AUGAAUAAAAUGCUUACACUAGAUCCAUUAAAGAGAAUGAAAUUUCAUGAGGUUCAUCAAGCACUUAAAUACCCUUUUAUCUCUAAAAACCAUUUAAAUUAGACAAAGGUCGUAAAUAAAUAAAUAGAGAAACUUGUGAAAAAUUAACGCAAUUAUAAACAGUUUAUUUAAGAGAAGAUAUAAUAUAAAAACAAAUUUAAAGGAGUAUAAGAAAAAGAGAAAAAAAUGUCAUGUUAAGUAAUUUAUGAUUUACUUUUGGGAUAAUUAGGAGUUGAAUCUUAUGAGAUUACAUAAUUCGUGAUUUAAUAUUUAAUCCAUAAAUAGAAGGUUUAUAUGUAUCCAGUUAUAACUAUAAAGCCAUUUUUAACCCAUUAAACAUCAUAAAUUGGAUCUGUAAAUAAUUAUACAUUUUAUAAUUUAUCUUCUGUCCAAUGA